AUGAUCAACGAAACUUAUCUUUAUUCUGAUUUUGAAACCAUGCCAGUAAUUGCUGGAAUGGAUUUUAAAAACAGCAGGUCGUCAACAAUUGACGAACCCUGUACUUUCUUCAAUUGUACGAAAUUUAUCGAACAAUUGAGAAACCCCACCAACUCCAAUGAGCCCACAAAGCGUUUUGUGAAUCCAUUGAGUCAAUUGCAUUCCGGGAUACCACUCUAUGCUGGAAUGUUCUCCACUGAGCUUUUUAACUAUGUUAAAAUCUUAACUACUCAUAAAAAGUCUCAAGCACCAGCCGCUUCUGGAUGUCCCCCUCCUCCUCCACCAAGAAGUCUGUUGCCUGAUAAACCACACUUCUUCAAGCACAAAAAGACUCGAAAGCUUUCUGUGAGUGUGUUCUCUUACGAGCAUCCCUUCACAAAACUUGAGAAGCUUAAAAAUGAAGCUCUUGCCCACUUAGUUGCCGACUCUGGUGACGCUGUCUUGAAAAUGACGGGUGGAAGGCAAGUUCAAAUCGUUAGGCCAGGCGUCGCAGUAAGAUUGCACAAGAACAAAGCUGUUCAAGUGGAAACUGAAUUUAAAUCAACUGAUAAUCCUCUAGGUUGGUCUGAUGACGAAGACGAGUACGACGACUAUGAAGCCGGUGAUGGGUUCGAGUUUCCAGAACCCAGUUAUGUCGACGUCGACUGGGUAUUAAAGUCUUGGGGGAAGUUGAGUAAGUUCUUUUACAAGAACCCUCUCGAAACACUUCUGAAGCUUCUUGAGGAUUUUGCGUUGUAUCCUGACAAAUAUAUGGCUAGCACCAAGAUUCCAGGAGAGGCUUCCCUCUACUCAAUUGCACCAGGUGUUGCCGUCAGAUUUCAUAGUGAUGAUCAAUCAGGCGAUCCUGUUGGCUGGUCUGACGAUGAUGACGACGACUGCGACUCAGAUGAUGCUUUUCAUAGCGACAAUCUUAAAGGAAUUCAGGAAAAUGUCCCAUUUCAACGCCCUCUUGACGUCAGUACCUUUUUUUACCAACAUCCUCUUAAUCGCUUCAUCAAUCUCUUGAGAGAUCUUGCUACGAGGGACCACAAGUGGACUGGCAAUACUUUCAAAUUCUCCAUUGGAGUAAAUGCUCACUCAGUUUCUCCUGGCAUUGCCGUCAGAUACUACGAAGAUGAGGAUUCAGAGUCUGACGACCCUAUUGGUUGGUCUGAUGCUGAUGAUGACGAUGAUGACGAAAGCAAUACCGAAAAGGGUCUGAUGAUGCCGGAGGUGGACUAUGAUUCGGAUACCACACUCGUGGAGGGUGAAAUUUCUCUGCCUUCUAAGGUUCCGAGGUUUGCCUGCCUCUUUUACAAGGCUAAACAUUGA